UUAAAAUGAACUGCUUUUCUUUAAUCUUUUCAAUUUUAAUAAUAAUUUUGAUAAGGAUAAAAGAUUUUGAUUUUGUGGAAAGUAAUGUUUUGAAGACUGAAAUAGUCAAGUUGACAACAAUGGAAACUGAUUCGUUUUCAAUCCAUUACCACCAUCAGGAUCAUUGUAUGCGCAACCCGAAUUAUGAAAACUUGGCUGUCUAUUCCAUUAAUUUUUAUCUUAAGGCUGGAUAUUUUUGCGAUGGUUUGUUAAUUUGUUAUCCCGGACAGUUGGAUGGAAGGUUUAAAAAACGAGGCCUCGUCACCAAUAAUGAUUACCGAAUUAAGAACACAAACAAAAACAAUGUGGGCUAUAUGUGUGAAAUUAAAAGGAAGGAAUAUUGUAAUAGUGGAAAAGGAAUUGACAGCCUUUGCAGGUUGGCAUCGGAUAUUCCAUCAUCCUUUGUCCCAUGGCAUGGAAUUUACGUCCACCGAACUGCUGCUGAUGGCAACAAAACGAAAUUGGUUUCCUCAAUCUUCGAUAUGAACUAUAAUAUCGGAUCGGAAGAGCAAUUCUCAAUCACAAUGGGUGAAAAAGUAUUCACCACGAGGCUCAUUGUUAUUGAAAAAGGGCUGGCUAUGAAUAGAUAUAGUGUGGAUGUGGAGCAUAAAAGGAAGUUUUUUGAAGAAAUGAAGUGGGCCCCCUUCAAUGUCUCUCGCUUGUUUUCAGCUCAUUCAACAUUUUGGAUGUUGGGAUAUGAUAUAUUGUCCAAAGAAAUGGACAACAUUCUCAGCUUUUAUGUUGAUAGAGGAUGUAAUUGUCCAAUGAAAGUUUGGUUUACGAGAGAACAGAAAAUAAGCCGAAAAAGUAAAGAAAUGUUAAAUAAAUGGUUUGAAAUUACUGAAUUUGGAAAUUCAAAAUGCCCCAAAACCCGCACAGAAGAAACUUAUAAUUUAAUUGGGAAUAUUGAAAUUGAAAUUAAUUUUAAAAUAUUUAUUAACAAUUUAAAUGCAACAGCAACAUUCAAACUUUACAAUAAUGAAAGAAAUCUUGGAAUUUUUGUCUAUGAGGACAGAAUUGUUUUUGAGAAAAAUGAUGUUACAAAUAAAUUUUGGUAUAGUAAAUGGUGGUAUGGAAAAAAAUAUUUAACGUAUAAAAAGUUGGAAGUGUUUGGAGACUUUAUUCGGGUUAAUGCAAUUACUGAAACAGAAAAUGAGGUGGUUUUAAAAUUAAUUUUUGGGGGAAAUUGGGCUUUGAAUAUGUAUGAACUUGAUUAG